ACUCUGAUCAAGAUGCUUGACCUGCCCCCAGUCCUCCUAGUUGGCUAUGUCUUUGCCCUCGUGAUUGCAAUCUUAGCGACAUUCAUCGUCUGGUCUCGAACCGGGUUUCCUUCCCUCCCUCUUCCACCGGGUCCGAGGACAUCAUGGUUUGGAGGCGUAUCGUUACCCGUCAGUCAUCCUUGGCGAACUUAUGCAGACUGGCGGAGUGUUCAUGGCAAUAUCAUAUACAUGUAUACGUUCGGGAACCCAAUCAUCAUCAUCAAUUCUGACCAGGCCGCAACUGACCUCCUCGAAAAGCGAAGCUCGAAUUACUCGUCUCGGCCAGUGCGGACGAUGGUCCAGGAGCUAAUGGGUUGGGACUGGCUUUUCUCCUCCAUGCCGUACGGUGCGAGAUGGAAAAGUCAUCGCUCUCUUUUCCAGAAGCAUUUUCCCUUGACUGCCUCGCAGGACUAUCAUCCAAUACAGGAGAAAGAAGCCCGUGCGCUUCUUCGAAACUUAUCACGUAGCCCUGAGAAACUCAGUCAUCAUGUACGGAGGAACGCUGCAGCCCUAGUGAUGAGAAUCGCUUACGGGCACAAGGUCAGCGAAGAUGGAGACGUAUAUGUCACGAUAGCGGACCAGGCCAUGACCGGUCUCGCUCGGGCGGGUAUCUUCGGCACGUAUAUCGUGGAUUAUCUCCCACUUCUCAAGUAUAUCCCAUCAUGGGUUCCUGGUGCUGCAUUUCAAAAGCAGGCUCAGAGAUGGAAGCAAGCUUCCCAUGCGAUGAUCAACCAGCCGUUUGAUAUGGUCAGACAGAAGAUGGAGUCUGGUACCGCUGUGCCUUGCUUUACCACCACCGAACUUGAAGAGUGGUCUAGGGCAGGCCAGGACCCAGAGCAGCUGACCUUGAUUAAAAACGUUGCGGGUAUCUUCUAUGCGGGCGGUACAGAAACGACAGCCACUGCCAUCCUGACCUUCUUUCUCGCCAUGAUCAUGUUUCCUGAUUGUCAGCUGGAAGCACAAAAACAGCUUGAUAGCGUCCUAGGUCCUGACCGUCUCCCACAGUUCUCCGAUAGAUCCACUUUGCCUUUUAUAGAUUGUUUAGUAUGGGAAACCCUCCGCUGGAAUCCCGCAGUCCCUCUGGCACUGGCACGUAUCGCUGAUGACGACGAUGAGUAUGCAGGUUAUCGGAUACCUAAAGGUACAACUAUCCUUCCCAACGUCUGGGCCAUGUUUCAUGAUGAAACCAAGUUUCCAGACCCACUACGAUUUAGCCCGGAACGUUUUGAGGAUGAGAAAAAAAACCGAGACCUUGGCAUCAACGACCUCCCUCACGCCGCGUUUGGAUUUGGACGACGGGUAUGCCCUGGCAGAUGGCUUGCUCUGGACACCAUGUGGAUUACGAUUGCUUCUGUGCUCACUGUGUAUAACAUCUCUAAGACCGUGAGCAAAGAUGGCACCGUGAUCGAACCCGACGCAGAGCCCUUCACCUCGGGAUUGAUGAGUCGGCCCAAGCCACUGAAUAUAACAUUGACGCCUCGAUCUGAGGCAGCAUGUGCUCUCAUCAGGCAGAUAUCAGAAUGAUGUAUUGAAAUUAUGUCCUCUUCCGCAUCUCACGUUCUCUGGACUGAUUCCAACCGCUGUUGCUACAUAUCCAUAACUAUGGAAAAAUAUCUACCAAAUCCCUAACACGCUUGCGCUGCCGCCUGCUCC